ACAGCUCCGGGCCGCGCUGGGCUGCUUCCCGCUCUAGGCCGUGCCCCGGCAGGAGUGCGGCGGGUGCGUGCGCACCGACCCCGACCCCGGUCCCUGCCAGGAGGGAAAGGCCUGGGGAGCGGGCGGCCUGGAGGCCGCUGGGGUCCUCGUCCUCCACGGCGUCCGCUGCAGGGUCCGCUGGGAACGCGGAAGGACCUCGGGGAGCAGCGUGCGCUGCAACGCGUGGGGCCGUGCUCGUGCUCGGGGAACAAAGCAAGCGUGGCAGGGGGCGUGGCCAGGCGACGGGGGCGGGGAGGAGGCGCGUCCUGCAGGGGCGUGGUCGAGCGGAGUGGCGCACGCGCAGUGCCGCGAGCCGGGUUUCCGGCGGGUCAUGGCGGCCACGUUCUUCGGUGAGGUGGUGAGGGCUCCAUGCCGAGCCGGGACGGAGGACGAAGAGGAGGAGGAGGAAGCAAGAGAGACGUCGGAGGACACGGAGGUCCGGCGGCAGCUGGCGCAGAAGAGGGAGGUGCAGCUUCUUAGAAGACAGACAGAAACAACUCUGGACGGUUCUCUGCUAGAAAAUCAUCCUUGCUCAAAGUUUAUAAUUGCUAUAGGAAAUAAUGCAGUAGCAUUUUUGUCAUCAUUCGUUAUGAACUCAGGAGGCUGGGAAGAAGUUGGUUGUACUAAACUCUGGAAUGAGUGGUGCAGGGCAGCCGACAGUCUACAUCUGUGCCCCACAGACGCUCUCUGUGUGUUCUAUCAACUGAAGUCCGAUCCCUCGAUCCUCAUCUGCCAGUGUAGUUGCUAUGUUGCUGAAGAUCAACAGUAUCAGUGGCUGGAGAAGGUUUUUGGCUCUUCUCCAAGGAAGAACAUGCAGAUAACUAUUCUCACAUGUCGACAUGUCACCGACUAUAAAACCUCAGAAUCUACUGGCAGCCUUCCUACUCCUUUCUUGAGAGCCCUAAAAACACAGCAUUUCAAAGACUCUGCUUGUUGCUCACUUCUGGAACAACCAAAUAUUGCACACGGUCUUCCUGCAGCAGUGCUGAGUUACUGUCAGGUGUGGAAAAUCCCCGCGGUUCUGUACUUGUGUUACACGGAUGUGAUGAAACCAGACAUCGUUACAAUUGAAGCUUUCAAGCCCAUACUGUCUUCCAUGAGCUUCAAAGACCUGGUCACGGCUGUGCCCCGACGCUCAGAGAUUCUGAAGAAAUUGACUUCAAGUGAGACUCAGAGUAACAUUUACACGUGACCCUGGAGUGCUGUCCACUCUGUCCAGUGCUUUAAGGGCAGCAGCUGGAACUGUUUUGUGUCUUAUGGGGGGUGGGGUGGGGAAUGACUGUUUUGAGGGUGAUAAAGCAAAAUAAAAAGUGUAAUUGU